AUGAGCAGAUAUUCUGCAACAAUCAAGAGUGUCUUUGAUGAAAGGAAAUCUUUGCUUAACAAACCCUAAAGUGCCUCAUAAAUACUGGCUGGCUCUCUCAUUAGUCCAUAAGGCCAAAAUCCAGCAUUCAGUCUGAUUGGAAUGAGACAAAAUAAGUCAAUUAUUGGGUUUAAUAAUGACCAUAAUGGAAUGGGUAAAACUCUAAUGAAUAACUUCUCAAAUCAAUCUCUAGAUCGAAAGCCGCAAGGCAUUUUGCCAAGUAUUGGAAGAAAAGAGGGGAAGGUUGUAUUUUCUCAAUCUCCUACAAAUGAAUCAAGAAUGGAAAUGAACUAUACGCCCUAAGUUUAUUUUAAAAUUGCAAAUGAAUAUCAGAAAAUGAAUGAAAAUAAAGUUAAGACUCAGAUAGAUCUGAAGAAUUUUUUGCUUAAAUAAAAAGAGAACGAAUAGAAAAUGGCUAAGAUUGAUGAGAAAUUAAAAAAGAUUGAAUCGCUUGAAAAAGAAGAAUUCAAGGAGCUAAGAGAAAAGUCGUAGCAUAAAGAGUAAAAAAGAUAAGUUAAACUACAGAGAGUAGUUAGUGAGCAAUAAUACAUAGAUAGACAAAAUCAAGUUGAAAGGGAAAAUUUCAACAAAGAAAGACUCAAGAAACUAGAACUUGAUGAAAUGAAGGAAAAAGAACUUAGCAAGCUCAAUAAAUAAAAAUUAGACAAAGAGAUUCAAUUAAAGCAAAUGCAUUCGAAGAAAAGAGAGGAAUUGAAUUAAAAGGAAAUAGACACAUGUUUAGCUUAGCUUAAUGAGAUUAAUAGCAAGAUAGUCAAAUGUAACUAAGCCUUUAUUGAAAAGAAGGAUGAAAGGACUGCCUACCUUAAAACACAGUCUCUAAUGUUUGAAUUGAAAAAGGAAUAAGUAAAAAAGGUGACGCACGAUGAAGAUGAUAAAAAGUAUGAAAAGCUAGUCUUAAAAAUGACUAAGCUGGAAGAGAAAAGAUAAGCUUAACUUAAGGAAAUGCAAAGAGCACAUAAGUAAAAAGUGAUUCAUGAGAAAUUAAAAAGAGAUAAAGCAUAGCAAAACGCGGGAGAAGUAAUGAAAUAAAAGCAGCAGUUCUUAAGAUUAGUCGAGUAAAAAUCUACUGGAAUUAAAUAAAUGAAGCGAAAUUAAUCUAUGACUGAGCAGCGUGGUUUUAAAAAUCUUCUUAGUCCUGGAGGUGAUUCCUAGAAGAAAAAACCUACAGAGGAUUACCUAGUAAAGAAGGAAAUACACAUUCUAAAGGAUACUAAUUUCUAAUAAAAUAUGGAAAGAGAGAAAAAGAAACUAGAAUUUAAAAAGAUUUAAAUUUUAGAGAAGGAGCAACUAUAUUCCUAGAAGAUCCAGUAGAUGCGCUAAGAAAAAGCAAUGGUUGACAGGUGUAAAGUGGAAAGCCACAUGCAGGCACUAAAGAAUAAAGAAACGAGAACGCAAGCACUCAUCAUGCUUAAAGAUUUCACACUUUUUGAUAAAAAGUAGAAGAAUAAAGCAAAGAAGUUAGCUUCACAGUUGGUAACUGAUAUUGAUAUCGAAGACGUGUUCAAAGAGGAGGAAAAGAAAAAACAGACUGAUGGAAUGCAAUGA